AUGUGUAGUGGUGGUGGUGAAGGUGACAAACAAAGUAUCAUUGAAAAUGAAUUCCCACCUACCUCCAAAAGUUGGUUGGAUAAUCUUAUAAAGACUAUAAUAGUAUUAGAAGAAGAAGCUGUUAAUACUUCCAAAGAAGAAGAAGAAGAAGAAGGAGAUAUAGAGGACAACGACGAUCAGACAGCUACAAAAUCAUCACAACAACAACUAACAGCAGCAGUUGAUCCAGAAAAAGAUCGACCAACGACAUCAAAAAUGGAAGGAUUGAUACAAUGUAAAAUGUGUAUGAAAGACACACCAAAGAGUUUAAAGAACUGUCAGCAAUGUUCAAACGAGUUGGGUGAGAGAUGUUGGCGAUGCAACUAUUUGUGCAAACCAAAUUACAAGUAUUGUUUCAAGUGUAAUGUCAAACUCAACGAUAUCACUAUCCCACCCUACGAAUCCAUUGCCCAAAUACCUCCAUUCAAAGGUGAGAAACGGGCUGUGUCUUCAUCGUCAUCAUUCAAGACAUCGUCGUCACAACCAACCUAUGUGAGUGCCGUGACACCUAGCCGUUCGUUUGAAAAUUCACCGGUAGCGUCGAGUGCGUCGUCUGGCGUUAGCAUGACAUCUAUCCCUCCGAUACGAUCGAUUAUUGAGAGUAUAAAUACACGUAAUCAAGGUAGCUCAGUUACAACUAUUAUAAAGAUUAGAAGAGAACGUGAUGGUGCAUCCAAUGCAGCACUUGGAAAAGGGAAACCAUAUGCAACACUCAAACGUGAAAAGUCUACCCCUACCUCUACAACAACAUUAAUGUCACCUUCCAAAGAGACAUCAACAUCAACACCAACACCAACAACCACAAGUGAAUCACUCAAUACUACACCAAAUAACAAAGACCGAUCAUUUGAGCUUGCAUCACCUCCAUCCUCAUCCAUUUCAUCAUCUCCAUCAUCUUCAUCAGAAUCCAUUAUUAUAUCAAUCUCUCCACCUCCCAAUCAUCCCAUUGCAAUUGUUUCUCCCAACAACAAUAACAACAACAAUAAUAAUAAUAAUAUAGCUAAACCAACAACUCCAUCACAGUCACAGUCAAUAUUGACCAAUAUAGAUAAUAGUCGUACGACAGGUUCUUCUGUGGUUUGUUCACCAGUCCUUUCAUUUGGGGAGCAGGAAUCAACGUCAUUGCAAUCGACACCGAGGGGAGAACUAGUCGCCGACUGCUUGGAGGAUGAACAACAACGAGAUGGCGCGACACCGUUAUUGAUGCCAAGUGACAGUCUCGAGACAAUAUCAACACCCAAACGCAAAUCAUAUGGCGGAGAGGUAUCAAUAGAGUCAUCAACAUCUCUUUCCAGCUCGCAUUUAAUGUUUGAUGAGAUUAUCGAUGCUUUCCCAACCCCUCCAACUGCAUGUUCACCGCCAUCUACCACUUCUACCUCCAACAAACAUAAUUCUAGUGGUACUAAUGCACACCAUCAUCAUCACGGUCAUCACCACCAUAAUAAUAAUCAUCAUCAUCAUCACAACCAUCACCAUCACAGUGGUGGUGGUAAAGGUGUACCAGCUGCCACAUCUACGACAACCUCUACUACGACUACAACUACUACUACAAAUACCACUACUUUAACUACACCCAACACUGCAGCAGCUCAACAACAAUCAUCAUCAUCAUCUGUUUCAUCGUCACCAUUGUCACAAUCUAAUGGACAUUUACCAGUUUUGCUAACAGUCAAUACUGCACAACAACAAGCGGCCAGUCACCACCACCGACGUGGAAGUAGUACGACCAGCGGCGAGAUUAUACUAUCACCCAAGUCAAGUGGCAAGACAGACCAUCGCACCAAUCUAAUCAAAGAGAUUGUAUCGACCGAGUAUGACUAUAUCAACGAUCUAGAUACCAUCUUACAAGUGUUUUAUAAACCUCUUCGUGACGAACUCAAACUUAUCUCCAACGAAGAGUGUGCAAGUGUUUUCUCAAACAUUGAGCAAAUCCAUCAAAUCAACAAAGAAUUGUAUGAAAAGUUAACUCACAACAAUCAAUCUUCAUCAAUUGGUGAGGUUUUUUCUUUAAUGUCAAAUUCUUUAGAUGUAUAUUCUGUAUAUUGUAACUACCAUCAAAAAUCAUUAGAAAGUUUAAAUAGUCUAUUAAAAUUACCACAAGUUGAAAGCUUUUUUAACGAUAUAUAUUCAAAACCAGAAUUAAGAGGAAUGAAUUUACAUUCAUUUUUAAUUAAACCAGUGCAAAGAAUUUGUAAAUAUCCAUUAUUAUUAAGAGAACUAUUAAAAGCAACGCCAAGUGAUCAUUGUGAUCAUUCACAUUUAUUGUCGGCGGUUUCACAAAUCGAACAAAUUGUUAAUACCAUCAACAAGGAAAAAAUGGAAAUGGAAACUUGGCAACGAACAAUGCAAAUUAUACAAUCUUUAAAAGGUUCAGAGAAUUUACAAUUAUCAAAAAGACAAUUAAUAUCAGAAGGAAAUAUACAAUUGAUUGAAGGAUAUAAUGAAAAUAUAUCAUUGUUUGAUACCAAGAAAUCGACGAUCAAAUAUAAAAAAGGAUUCUACUUUUUAUUUGAUGAUCUAUUUCUUUUCACCAAACAAAAGAAUAGUACUAAUUUCAAGUUGGUCAUGGGAAUACCACUCGAUACUAUUCUAGUACAUAGUGUGGCUGCUACGGCCGACAAACAUCUGAUCAGUUUGGUAGAGAUUGGUAUCGGAGGUAAACGAUGGACUUUUCUACCACCGUCCAAGGCCAUCUGCCAAACACUACUCAUCACCGUUCAGAAACUAAUCGAAAAGAGUUGGGAAUGCAGAGUAUCCAAUCCAAUCGACAGCAGCGAUCGUGCUGCCAGAGACUUGUUGUCUCCCACUUCUUCACCGGCCAACAAUAGUACUCAUUCUCCAAAUAUUCAAAAGAAAAAAUUAACCCACAGGCUUGUUAAAAGUUUAGUUAAUAUUAAAAUUUAA